AUGGAAGGGAAGCAGAUGGGCAUGAAUGACAUCCUCCCUCCGGAGCUCAUUCACCGAAUCUUUCUAAGGGUACCUGCCAAAGACUUGUUUCACCUCAGAUUCGUUUCAAAACUUUGGCACUCUCUCAUUUCCGAUCGAGACUUUGUAGAAUCGCAUUACAACCUCUACUCUGCCGCAUCUUCCCAUUCGUACUUCUUCUUGGUAAAAGACACUACUAAAAGUGCUUGCUUUGUUGAGUUCGACACGCUAUUUGAUGUUGCAGCAGCACCAACGACACUCAGAGCGCUCCCCAAAUCCAUGGGCACGUGGAAGCAGCAAUUUUAUGGGUUAUUCUUACAUGGCGCUAUUCAUUGGUUGUGUUACUCUAGUAAAGAUUACAUUGAUGAUGGUAUUCUUAUCUUUGAUUUGAAGGAAAAGAGUUUCUCAAAGAUAUCUAUGCCAAAACAACUCGUAGGGUGUUCUCCCAUCGAUCUCACCAUAUUAGGAGGGCGCCUUGCCAUGUAUUCGUAUCACAACCAUAUAACUGAGAUAUGGGUUAUGAAAGAAUAUAAAGUGCGGUUUGGCAAAUAUGUUGUCAGUGAAAGGGUUCUAAAUUAUUCUCCUUUUUCUCUUUCUCAUUAUCAUUAUUACUAUGAAAGUUACUGUGUACAUGAAGAUAGUCUCUUGCCAUUGCCCGGUGACAUUAAGGAUAAGGAUAAAAAGAAGAAAACUGUCCAGUCUUAUGGUGAGGAUUAA